AUGAUAGUGUCAUUCACGCCUAUUCGUUCGGGAUCGAAAGGUGUCCCAAAUAAAAAUAUCCGUAUACUUAAUGGUAUACCACUUUUCCAUCAUGUCGUUUUGCAGGCUCUAAAAGUUUCCUCUUUAAAUGAAGUAUGGUUCUCAACAGACAGCGAUCAUUAUGCAGAGCUAGCUCCACCAGGUGUUAAAGUGCACAAGCGUUCAACAGAAACGGCUACAGACAAAUCACCGACGGAAGACGUGGUUAUGGAGUUUGUCAAAACUCGUCCAGAUAUUGCUACAGUUGUUCUUCUGCAGGCAACUUCACCGACAACUACGUCCAAAGAUAUUGAAGAAGCGUUACGAAUCAGUGCCUCUGGUAAAGGUUGCAUCAGUGUGCAGCCAGCAAAUGUUUAUUUAUAUGAAGACAAUAAGCCAUUGUGGACAAAGAAAACGCCUAGACAAGACUCCAAGACAUUUGCUGUGGAUGGCGGUAUCUAUGUCAUUCAUGUAGCCGAUUUUCUCAAAACAAAUUCAAUACCAACAAUGCCGUGUCAGACCAUGGUGAUAAAACAUCCGGUGUGUGAUAUUGACACAGAAGAAGAUUUCAAACGCGCAUCAGCCCUGGUGUCUCUGACGCUUACUGCUUUUAUUGAUGUUGAUGAAACUUCUGUUCGAUUAAAAUCCAAUUACAACACCGAACAAUGGAGUACUCAAACUUUAUGUGGGUCGGAAAACCAACUGAAAUCAUUCAUUUUGGCCUAG